CCUGUAACCUUGCAGACGCUCUCAAGAUGCCCGAUAUCCUCAAAUGGAUCACGAUCGACGAAGUCCAUCUUUUCGAGCACUGCACUGUUGAACAGCGCCGCACCUGUUGUCAUCUCUUUCCCGGCAUGCCAAGAACGCUCGUGGUUCAACUUGAUCGUCUCGCAACCUAUGACAUCCCAAACCCGAAAACUGUUUCUCUUCAACAACCAUGAGAAGUAACGAUGAGCUCUCCGGCCUGCGGAAAUCCCGGACUGGGUAUGUUGCGUCAUGCCCCCAUAUAGCGGCCACCACAAUGGUCCACGCCUGCUUAGGGCCGGCCCGGGCCUUCACCCCCGGAACUCGGAACUGGAAGUCAAUUCCUCCCACCCCUUUAAAACAAGAGUCACCCGGCAAAGAUGAUACCGGAUGAUUUCUUCUCCAGCACGGUCAUCAUGUCAUGUCUCGAGUUAUCUGUGUGGUUUUUCCCCUAAUGUACAUAACCAGGAGGCUAGGAGUACGGUGUAAGAUCAAGUACCUAAGGUAUAUAGUUGCAACAACCGGCAGACAAGUCGCGAUUUCCCCGAGCACCGACGACCCGAGAAAGAGAAGGCACGAUUCACGAAAUUGGAGACGGGGUGAUAGAAUUCUUUUUACCCAUACAUCGGCUAGUCUUACAUAGGUUCUCAACGACAGGCCUCGCCGCCACCGACUUCCGAAACUCUCCCCCGAAUCAACGUUGGACUCGGGCGAAACUACGCAGACCAUCCGAGAAUGGAACACAAUGGCCGCGGUGGCUACGGCGAGAAUGGAAGAUGGAAGACAUACCCGACUAACGGUGGAUAUGGCCCUGGUGGGCUCUUCAGAGGAUCACUCCACCUUCCGACUCCGACUGCUGAUCAGCCAGCAACGGCAGGAACCCCAUCCAACACCGCCAGCACCCGACGACGGUAUCCCUCACUACUCUUACGUCCCCUCGCUGGCUUCCGCUCUAGCCAUGGCUUCUCAGCAACCGCGUCCGUAUGGUCAGGGCGGCUACCUGCCAAACGGCGCCGUGCCACCUCACCCAGCUCCUCUCCCCGGAGCUCAACCUCUCCUUCCCAACCAGGGCCGUAUUGUUCAGACCGGCCCCAACAGAAUUCUUUGCAUCGCUGAUGUGCGAGGCAACCUCCAGUCCCUGAACGACCUUGCCCGUUCUGCCCGUGCCGACUUUAUCAUUCACACUGGUGACUUUGGCUUCUACGACGAAACAUCUCUGGAGCGCAUUGCGGAUAAGACCCUAAAGCAUGUCGCCCAGUAUUCCCCCCUCAUUUCGGAGCCAGUCAAGAAGGCGAUUGCGGCAGGUGGCGCCGGCCCUGUCAAGUCACGAUUCCAAGCUUCCGAACUGCCCCUGUCCGAACUCCCUCAGCUCAUCACCGGUGAGCUCAAGCUCGAUGUCCCGGUCUACACCGUCUGGGGCGCGUGCGAAGAUGUCCGCGUGUUGGAAAAGUUCCGGUCCAAGGAGUACAAGGUUCCCAAUCUCUUCAUUAUUGAUGAGGCUCAGUCCAUGCUGCUCGAGUGCUCGGGCGUCAAGCUCCGUCUUCUCGGCCUUGGCGGAGCUGUGGUAAUGCAUAAACUCUUCGACAACGGCGAGGGCCGCACCACCAUCGCUGGCGGCCAGGGUACUAUGUGGACCACGCUUUUGCAAAUGGGCGAGUUGGUAGACACGGCCAACCGUGUCUAUGACCCUACCGAAACUCGCGUGUUCAUCACACACGCCUCGCCCGCCCGUGAAGGGAUUCUCAACCAGCUCUCGGUGGUUCUCAAGGCAGAUUUCUCCAUCUCGGCUGGCCUGCAUUUCCGCUAUGGUAGUUCGUACAACGAGUUCAGCGUCAACCCGAGUCUGGACCACUACCGCGGCAAGCUUGCCGCUUCCAAGGCUUCGUUCAACGAUGUUUGGGAUACCGUGAGGGCUGAGGUCGAGCCCGCGAUUCAGCAGAACGACGCCCAGCAGACUUUGCUCAAGAACGCGCUCAGCGUAGUGGAAAAGAUGCCUACCAUGGCUGCCGGUGGCAACCCCUUCGGUGGUGUUCCUGCCAACGCUCCUGGUGCCGGUCAGGUCGACGAAAGCGCAUUCAAAAACAUGUGGAAUUUCAACCUAGCUGAUGCGGCAUUCGGCUGGCUCGUACUGGAGAUUCAGGAUGGCAGAAUCGGAACUGAGAUGCGCGCUCAGGGAUUUAACUUCUCUCACCGUGGGGCCAAGCAGCAGCCCGGCGCUCAGCCAGCCGCCGCGGCCACCGGCCACAGCCCUGUCAAUCCUCCUCCUGCGGCUCCCUCUCAGCCCGCCCCCUCGGCUGCUCCGGCGGUCCCAGCCGUGAAGCCCGUCGUCCCUUCACCUGUCCCCGUGCCUACCAAGCCCGCCACCCCAGCCCCGGUUCCUUCGGCCUCCCCAGCACCCAAAGAGGAGAAGCCUGCCGCCGCCGCUUCUAACGGAGCUUCUGGUGAGCCAUCGGCGCCCCGCAGUUCUGCCGAAAACACCAUCGGUUUGUUCAUCAUGAACGCCCAGAGCGAGGAUCAGAUUCGUGAUCUGUUUUCCGAGGAGGACAAGGCCAAGAUUGUCAGGAUUGAGAAGUGGGGCCAGAACAAAGUUGCUCACUUCAAGACGACCGAGGAUCGCGAUGACGCCCUGAACCGUCUCCCAGACGAUGUCAAGAACCGUGCUCCCGGUCAAGAAGAUAGAUCAAAGCCUUUGGUCAAGAUCUUCCAGGCCCCUGCUGCUCGAGGGUCUUUCCGUGGUGGUGCGGGCAACUGGGGCAGCAGCCGUGGUGGUAGAGAUUCUGGCAACGUUCAGAGCGGCUACAGAAGUGCCGGCGGCGGUGCCAGUGACAGUGAGGGUGCUGGUCGCGGCCGUGGACGUGGUGGCAACCGUGGCGGUAGAGGUGGUGAACGGGGCGGUCGUGGUAGGGGUGGCCGGGGCGGCCCCAAGGAAGGGGGGGCCGGUGGGGCGGGAGAGGCCCAGUAAAUGUACGAGGAUUAAGAGACGAACUUUUGUAAUCUUGGUGUUGAUUUGGGGGUGGUGUCAUGGUUCUCGGUGGUGGGUGGUGGGAAAAUACAGCGGAAGAAAAGGGGGUGGGUGUUAUUUUACGGAGCGAGUUUUGGCUUGCUGUAACCAACCUUUUUUUUUUUUUUUUUCAAGAAGUAGUGUUGUGCUUUGUGUUGUGUGAUGUGCCACGUUGCGUGUUUUGCUUUUGCUGCGAUUACCACGAUGACCUCUUGCCUGAGUGUGAGUGGUUUUAGACUUGUUGCUUUUCUUUUCGAUGACGAAGGGGAGGGAAAUACACGGAGAUGGUACUUGAGAUUUGAUUUGAGUUGUUUCUUUGGCACAGAAGGGGGAUGGGUGGAUGGGAAAAAGAAAAUGAUUUGCGUCUUUCGAGUCUUCUUUUCUUCACUUUAUGAGAAAUAAUUUGAUGAAUGUUUUUUUUUGUUCUUUUUGUAUGUAAUUGUCUUGAGGUAGAUAUGGAGUCACGGACAAAUGGAGGUAAUCGAGUUGUUUGUCCGUUCUUUUUUUUUGGGGGGGGGGAGGGUUUGUUGAUGUGCGUGUGAGAUGGGUGGUGUGAG